AUGCAGUCCAUGCAAAGGCAGUUUGGCCGACUCAUGAAAAGGUCGGCCGAUGACAGCCAGGUGGCAAUUCUCCUCAAGGAUUUUGAAGAAGCAGACAAAAUCUUGGGACGAAUCAUCGAUUCCACCAGCGCAUGGCGCGAUGCUUGGUCGUCCCUCUUGACGCACCAAAAUCGAAUGCUGAGCGAAUUCGAAGGUCUAUAUGCUCCCAUUCUCGGUUCCUCCGACUCUUCUGCGCCACAGCCUGCCCCAACUCCAGAGGCCACCUUGGCUCGGACCAACAAGCUCCGCGAGCAUUAUGAAGACCUCCGAAAGGAUCUACUGGGGGACCUGGCUGCCAUCGAUGAUCGCAUGAUCCGACCAGCGUCGCAAGCUAGGGAAUUCAUAAGCCCAGUCAAGAAGACCAUCAAAAAGCGAGAUGAUCGAAAGUUGGACUUCGAGCGCUACCAAGGGCGCGUAGACAGCUAUGCCAAAAAGACAAAGCGAUCAGACCGGGACAACGCAGCUCUUGCCAAGGCAGAGAGUGACCUUGCCAAAGCAACCGAGGACUACCACGCAGCGGAUGACCACUUGCGAGAAUGUCUACCACCUUUGAUUGCCGCCGCAUUCUCGCUGCUCCCUCGUCUGCUCGCCACGCAGAUUGAGAUCCAAAACACCAUGCUAGCCAACUACUAUACCGUAGUACACAACUACUGCCAGGAGGCGCAAUUCCCAUCGCCUGCUCCCCCAAUGGAGCAAGUCAUCCAGGAAUGGGAACGCGACCACCUCCCCGUCCAGCAAGAAGUAGAGGCAUUCGGCUGCAUCGUCAACGGCAAAACCGUGAAAAUGUCCCAAGUCCCCGAGGAAUCACGAACCUCCCGCAUCACCAGCCGUCUCCCAGCAAUCAACGGAUCCUCAUUCUCCCGUCGCCCUUCAAACAGCGAAACCCCUCCACCCAAGCCGCCACGGCCCACUUCACCUUCUGCCACAGCUACAGCUACAGCUUUCAGCAACAAAAAGCUCCCCCCACCACCCAAACCAUCCUACGACACCAAACCAUCCCCAGUCUUCGAAACGAAACCUCGAUUAGCCUCUUCAGCUUCUAACAACAACCUCACCAUCCCCUCCAACUACCAUCUCUCCCCGCAACCAUCCUCUUCCCCAGGCACAGAGUCCUACUACUCAGCAACUGAGCACGCCCGCACUCCAUCCCCGGGCCCCUCAUCCUCCGUCGCGGCCCGCGCCGACUAUUUCAGUCGAAUCCAGCCUUCAGCAACACCAGCCAGCGCCAUCAGAGCAACCUCCCCCGGCGUUAGUGCCCUAGUUGCCGGAAAGAAGAAGCCCCCGCCGCCACCCCCACCGCGGGCUAACUCGAGCACUGCGCUAUACGUGACGGCCCUGUAUGACUUCGGAGGUCAAAGCGCGGGGGAUCUGGCUUUCCGGGAGGGAGAUCGGAUCCGUGUCCUGAAGAAGACGGAUAGUACGGAUGAUUGGUGGGAGGGGGAGUUACGUGGGGUGAAGGGGAGCUUUCCGGCUAAUUAUGUGGAGUGA